AUGCGUCUCCUCCUCCUCCUCCUCCUCCUCUGUGGGCUUCUUUUCUCGCUGCACGCCCCUUCAUGCGCUGCGGCAACAGACACACUCUCACGCGGCCGUUCGCUGGCCGGAGACAAGAGGCUUGUCUCUAGCAACGGCAAGUUCGCGCUCGGCUUUUUCCAGGUGGGCAGCAAGCCCUCCAACAACACUUUCAACUCAUCAUACCUUGGAAUAUGGUUCCACAAAGUCCCCAAGCCGACACCAGUGUGGAGUGCCAACGGGGAACACCCAAUUUCCAAUCUCGUUUCACCAGAGCUCAUGAUCUCUGGUGACAGCAACUUGGCCAUCUUAGCUCGGGACACCAUCAUUUGGUCCACCCAGGCCAACAUCACAGCCAACAGCACGGUAGCUGUAUUGUUGGCUAGUGGAAACCUUGUUCUACGGAGUUCUUCCAAUUCCUCGGACAUAUUUUGGCAGAGCUUUGACUAUCCAACUGACACCCUGCUACCUGGUGCAAAAUUUGGCCGAAACAAGGUCACCGGUUUGAACCGCCGUAUUGUUUCAAGAAGGAAUUUGGAUGACCAAGCUCCCGGUGUUUAUUCCAAUUCUCUAUGCCUUGAUGGGAGCAUAAGGUUAUCAUGGAAAUCAUCUACAGAAUAUUGGUCUUCUGGUUCUGUUAGAUGUCUCUGGUCAAUGGAAGGUGCGCAUAUGGGACACACACAUGAUUGGGUCACAUUCAGCUACUCUCCAAGAAAUCAGUGUGACGUCUAUGCUGUCUGUGGAGCUUUCACAAUCUGCUCUAAUAAAGCAAAUCCGUUAUGCUACUGCAUGAAGGGCUUCUCUAUAAGAUCUCCUGACGAUUGGGAACUAGAGGACAGAAAUAGUGGGUGUAUCAGAAAUACUCCAUUGGGUUGCAAUGGCAGUGACAAAAGUACAAAAGGUAUGACAGAUAAAUUUUAUUCUGUGCCAUUCAUUAGGCUGCCUACUAAUGGCAUAGGUAUAAAAAGUACUACUAGUGCAAAAGCAUGUGCAGAACUUUGUUUGAGUAAUUGCUCUUGCACUGCAUAUUCCUAUGGCCAAGGUGGUUGCUCUAUUUGGCUCGACGAACUAAUUAAUGUAACUGCUGAUGAUAAUGGAGAAAUUCUCUACCUUCGUCUUGCUGCAAAAGAGGUGCAAAGUUGGAAAGGCCAGAAACAUGGAACGAUCAUCAGUGUCUCUGUUGGUGUAAGCAUUGUUGCUUUAGUAUUCAUAUUUCUAUUUGUGAUCUGGAGAAGUUGGAAGCGAUCUAGUCCUCAAAUGGACAAUGAUCAGGGUGGCAUUGGGAUUACUGCAUUCAGGUAUGUUGAUAUGAAACGUACAACUAAAAAUUUCACAGAGAAGUUAGGCGAUGGUGGUUUUGGUUCUGUAUUUAAGGGGUGCCUAAGUGACUCGGUUGCCAUAGCAGUAAAAAGGCUAGAUGGUGCGCGCCAAGGAGAGAAGCAGUUCAGGUCUGAAGUGAGUUCAAUAGGCAUCAUUCAGAAUGUCAAUUUGGUUAAACUUAUUGGGUUUUGCUGUGAAGGUGAUAGGAGACUACUUGUGUAUGAAUACAUGCCAAACCGUUCCCUUGAUGUCCACUUAUUCCAGAGCCAUGGUGCCGUUUUGGGCUGGAACAUCAGAUAUCAGAUAGCUCUUGGUGUUGCCAGAGGUCUAGCGUACUUGCAUCAUAGCUGUCGGGACUGCAUAAUACACUGUGAUAUCAAACCACAAAACAUACUUCUUGAUGCAUCUUUCACUCCAAAAGUAGCCGUUUGUGAUGGCAAAGUUCCUAGGGAGGGAUUUAGCCGUGUUGUUACUACAAUGCGAGGAACUAUUGGAUAUCUUGCUCCUGAAUGGAUUAGUGGAACAGCUAUUACACCGAAAGUUGAUGUUUACAGCUAUGGGAUGGUUUUGUUGGAGAUCAUAUCAGGAAGGAGGAACUCGGGUAAAGAAUCUUUUACUGAUGAUGAUCAUGCUAGAUAUUUUCCUGUGCAAGUCAUGGACAAGCUUCUCAAUGGGGGCAUUGGAAGCCUUGUAGAUACAAACGUGCUUGGUGAUGUCAACCUAGAUCAUGUUGAAUGCAUUCAGGAUAAUGAAUUUGAUCGCCCUACAAUGGUUGAGGUAGUAAAGUUUCUCGAGGGUUUAGCUGAGCCUGAUAUGCCUCCGAUGCCAAGGUUGCUCCAUGCUAUCGCUGGUGGCUCACCUUUGAUGUGAUUGUGUUCUUCAGCUUUACAGGUUCCAUAUGUAAACUCUUUGUACCCAUGCUGUGGAGACCCUGU